ACCAGGGUUGCUAGGACAAGCAGUUGGACUCUUAAUGAGAACUAAGAUUGUUUUUCUAGGUUUUCACUGGCCAUUUUGUCAGUUAAUAUCCACGCUGUCUUGAGAGAAAACUGUUUUUGUCUUUAAGUAAAACAACAGCGUGUUCGUAGCUAAGCUAGCAUAUCAGAUACUUCUCGUGAAGCAGCCAGCUAGCUAACCUAGUUAGCUAAGUUAGUGGUACCUUAGUUAACGUUAAUAUCUGACCAGAAUCAAAUAUAAAUCGGUUAUUAAUUCUUAAUAGCUGGCAUAAUGGCUUACUCUCUCAUAUUCAGAACUGGCAGAACUUCACAUUGUGUACAGCAGAUAUUAAAGCGUGUAAAUAUCACCUCGUCUCCACAAGUGUCACCUUUGCAGGUGAAUAAUCCUGUUUUAAUCCAGUUAAAGUUAACUAAAUCGCCUUUUGCCCAGUGGACAUGUAUGCAGCGCUGGUUUGCUGUUCAAACUCGAGAUUUUCACGCUGGAGCUCAGUGCAGGAACAUAAAGGAUCAUGAGGGAAAGGACAGGACCCAGGUGUCAGUCCAUAAGAGCCAGACAUCAUCUGGCCUCUCGGCGUCACAGAAAGUAAAGCAAGCUGGGAAAGAUUUCACCUAUCUGAUAGUGGUGCUCAUUGGACUUGGAGUCACAGGAGGGCUUCUGUAUGUCAUCUUCCAAGAGCUGUUUUCAUCAUCAAGUCCAAGCAAACUGUAUGGAAAGGCAUUUGAAAAAUGCAGAUCACAUCCAGAGGUAAUUGGAGCUUUUGGUGAGCCCAUCAAAGGCUAUGGAGAAACCACUCGCCGGGGUAGAAGGCAACAAGUUCGACAUAUUGAAUACAUCAAGGAUGGAGAGAAGUACAUGAGGCUGAAGUUUUACAUUGAGGGCUCAGAGCCGGGACUGCGCGGAACUGUUCAUUUAGAAUCAAAACAGAAUCCUGAGACGGGAAAAUUUGAAUUCCGCUACAUAUUUGUGGACAUAGACACAUAUCCCAGGAGGACCAUAGUGAUUGAGGACAACAGAUGAUCAUUUUCAGGGAAAUUUGUAGAAGUGUAGUCAGUGAACCCUGGACAGGUUCUCUUCAAGCACUUACUGCUCAUAUUGGAAUUAAAGCCUGUUAAGCUUUAUGUUGAACUUUAUUUGAUUGCAUUCGGCUAGGUUUCCAUGCACUAUAAUAGCAGUAUUUCCCCUAGAUUUCAUAUAUUGCGUAUUUUGAAGAUGUCCGUCUAUUUUUGCAGGGAAAUUUUACAAGGAAUUAAAUAAUGAAAUAAUAUUAUUUCAUUAAUUAUUCAGAUUUAUUCAUAUCAGUUUACACUAGGUGCUUCAGAAAGUGGUGCUUAUGCAGAUUUUGUAUUAAUGAUCACAUCCCUCUAUGUUGGGGUCAGUGAUUACUGUGCAAUUUGCAGUUUCCCAGCACUUCAAUAGUUCCAUUAACUGUAGCCACAUUUUGUAAGUCAUUCUGUUUAAUUGUGUCCAGUAUAUGAAAAUAGCUGAUUCCAGAUAAGUGAAGAAAAUGAGCUUUUGUGCUCGCUGACAUGCUUGCAAACUGCCUGAUUUUCGUUAGUCACUGGUCAACUCAAUAUACUUCUUAAAAUGAGUUUUUGGCAUCAGCAAUUAAAUCAUAUCGGCUGGUGCUGCAAUUCUGUCAUUUAAUUAAGAUGACCUGGAAAUGAACCAAAAUAGUGGUCAUUACUUGUCAUAUAAUCGUUGUGUUAUGAUGACAAGCAUUGGACAUAUUUGGAUUUUUGCAUGCUUUGAAAUGUAGCUGUUGUAAUAUGGAGUGAUUGGAAAAGGAGAAAAGGCUUAAAGGGGCAUUCCACUGAUUUUUGAAAAUUUCUACGUUGAGAUGGAGCAAAGUCAUUCAGUGUUUUAAUGUGAAAUGGUUCAUUGCAGAGAAAUUCACAGGCUCAUAUGUCUUUACAGUGGUGGUGAUAGGAACCAGGGUCCUGUCUACAACACAAAUAUAGUCAUUUUAUUUACCAUCCAAAAAGACCAGUGAACCUGCAUGUGCCUUCUGAGAUUUCAGGGGUUAUGUUGAUCAUAGUGAAAUAAUGUUAAAUCUGAAAUAAGAAAAAAAAAAUGCUUUCUUUGGGGACUGUUUUGCCUCAUGACGACCUGCAUGUACCACUCCGCCAUGAAUACAUAUUAAUAAAUACAUUUUCGGCCAUAACCGUAUUUCAGAUCUGCCAUAAAACAAUGUCCAAGACAUCAGGCAGCAAUUUCAUAAUCAUUUCAUGUAAUAACUUUGUGUGAGGGAGAUUAGAGGUGGACAUCUGGUUCCUAUCACCACCACUGUGAACAAAUCUGACCUGGUAAGUUUCUCUAGAAUGUAGCAUUCCAUGUCAAACCACACAAUUUUUGAAAAAUUAGUGGAAUUCUCCUUUAAUGAGAGCAACUGGAGUGAUGCCAAGCAAUAAUUUUCAUUAGCACUAAUGAUCUCUGUUGUGGUGAAUAAAAUCACAGUACUUUUUGUGGUUGUACUUAAUUUAUGACGCAAUAUGAAUCAACUUCCAGUUCAAUAUCUUCAUAUGUUUAAAAAGGAGUUUUGAAUGCAUUAA